AUGCUGGUAUCGUCAGGACAACUGUUGGCAGCUGUAGGAAGAGAUGCUAACAAUCAGUUCUAUCCGGUUGCUUGGGCAGUUGUGCAAACAGAGAACUAUGAUGCUUGGUUGUGGUUCAUUAAGAAGCUGAAAGUUGAUUUGAAGCUUGAAGAUGGUGAUGGAUUUACCCUUAUCUCUGAUAGACAAAAGGGAUUGCUCAAUGUUGUUGAUCAAGAGCUACCAAAGGUGGAACACCGGAUGUGUGCACGCCAUAUCUAUGGUAACCUUAGAAGAGUUUAUCCAGGUAAAGAUUUGCCAAAGAAGUUGUAUUGGGCAGUUGCGAAGAGUUUUAAUGCAUCAGAGUAUAACAAAGCCAUUGACGAAUUGAAGAAGUUUGAUGAAGGAGUGUAUGAGGCUGUCAUGCAAAGGAAUCCGCGAAACUGUAGUCGUGCCUUCUUUGGCUGCAAAUCCAGUUGUGAAGAUGUUUCUAAUAACUUUUCUGAGUCUUACAACAAUGCUAUCAACAAAGCACGGGAAAUGCCAUUAGUGGAGAUGUUGGAGACAAUAAGAAGACAAACUAUGAUGCGUAUAGAUGUGAGGCUUAAAAAAGCAAUGAAACGUCAAGGGAAAUACACUCUCAAGGUCGCCAACACCAUCAAAGAGGAAGAGCUUUUACGAAAGUAUUGUCAGGUAAUUCCUUGUGGAAAUGGGCAGUAUGAGGUUCUCGAAAACAAACAUGGAUUCAAGGUUGAUAUGAAUGCAAAGACAUGUGCAUGUCGAAGAUGGAGUAUGACAGGGAUCCCUUGCCGCCAUGUUUUAAGAGUCAUACUGACCAAGAAGCACAAUCCUGAAGAUUAUGUUAACUGUGAUUGGUACUUGGCAUCAACAAAUGUCAAGAUUUACUCUAAGUCAAUCUCAGCAGUUAAUGGCAUUGGUUUUUGGAUAAGAUCUCAGGAGCCUAGGAUUCAACCACCACCACGAGAAGUUACAAAAGUACCGUCGGUCAUAAUACUAGAAGUUGUCCGGCUCUGGGAGUUGUUGGUAGAAGGUGGAAGAAGAAGAAAACUGGUGAAGAACCAAGCCAAGGACAAAGCCAAGAACCAAGCCAAGGACAAAGCCAAGAACCAAGCCAAAGACAAAGCCAAGGACUUAGUCAAGCACCAACCCAAGGACCAAGCCAUGGAAUGGAAUGAAUGA